AGGGACGAUCUUCGAAGUUCAAGUUACGAAGGAUCUGAUUCCGUAGGUGUAAAGCAAAUAGACAGCACCGAGAUAUCUUCUGGCAGGACGGUAUUCCCAGCGUAAUUCACACUCAUUGUGCUAGUUGUUCAUCUUCUCGUUUUCUUUUCUCGUUGGUAAGGACUUAUUUGGUUUGCAUAACAAGCAUAGCCAGGAUGACAAGUCGGGGUGCACGGCCACCUCACAUUGUCAAAGAUGAGAUUGCGGCGGCGACCGUGUUCCUGAGUAGAGCCGCGGAGGCGAUUUGUACAUUAAUCUUUCUCUUUGUUAUCCGUUUUUUAUAACAAUCUGAUACAAUGAAAAUGAAUACGAUGUCGAAUGACUGUACAAUGAAGAAGAUCAUUCUUUGCAGAGAAACCAUGUUCGUACUUGUUUCAAUCCAAUAAUGUGGUCGGAAGAUAAUCUCUUCUCAAAAUGUUUUCAGGGAAAAAUAAUAAUAUAUCGACACUGUCGCUGCAAAGACUGAAUGAAAUAUUCGACCCUCGAAAAGAAUUCUUUCGGGCAACCGUCAAAAGCGCCGCCACUCGAGACCUCUGUAGGGCCACCUUGGACCAGCUAGCAAAAAAGGCCCACUCGAUUGUAACCCUCGAGAACUUCAACAAAGCGCUCACGGAAGCCGCGGAGUACUCUUUGUGUUUCAAAAAUCUUCAUCCUUUUGCUUUUUGUUUUUCUUAGCUGCAGCAAACCUGAAAAACUUUUUUUCACCAUCAUGUUAGAAAAAUGGAAAAGUAAUACGAGAUUAAGAAGAUCAGCAUAGGUAGAUAUGAUAAAGGAGUCUAUGCGUCAUGGCAUCAAAAACACCUCUCAUCAGCAUCAGCCGCACCAACAAGGCCGGGGCCGCGCCCAGCAGCAGCCUCCAGACCUAUGCAGCGACGACGCCUGUGUCCACUUCUCGCGCGGCUCUGUCCACCAUGCACUUCGAGGCCAUGACCGUCAUGCAGAUUUCGACUAUUGCGUUUGUUGCGGGCUUGGCUUUGGUUUGGUGCGUGCGCCGCCGCCACCGCGAUCAUCGUCGCCUGUCCGCAAAUGAUGCGCCGACUUUGCCGAAGUACGGGUCUACUGUGGAUGACUGCACUAAGGAAGAAUGCUAGAUAAAGACUCCGACAUCAAAUACAUAGUUGUAUUGGAAACUUGAGCAAAAAGUAUCUGAGUAUACAUAACAGUUUCUAUAUUUGAUAGUAGUAUUCUAGAUACAUACGGAGACGUAAACAUAGUUUCGCUUUGUAGGUUUGUUACUAAUGAUUGAAAGGUCGUGCCGAGCCGAAUGAUCCAGAGCCAGAUCUUCACUAUUAUCAAAGCCGUGGGCUAUCGGCCUUCAACCUAGAACACUGACGAGUGGCAUGAAUUAUAGUUACUACAUCGAUCAUGAAUGGGUCAUGGAAUGAAGUCUAGUCGUUCUGAUCCGGAAAAUCGCAGAUAGUGUCCUUGACAUGGAUCAUUCAUUCUGGAAACAACCUCGAGAGUCAUGGAAAAGGUGAAAACAUGACGUCAGAUUGAACUAUUCACUAUCAUCAUACUAAGUAGGUAUUUAGAUGAUCACGAUUAUUGAAAAUCUACUUUGUCACAUAAAGUUAGUAUUUAUCAGGCACCUUCUAGUUCGGGAAGAUCGUCUACUAGCGUGGCACUAGUAAAGUGCGGCUGAGGAGAUUCACUUGCUUCGUUGAUCUUCACGGCUACUCUAUGUUUCUAGCCCAUUUUAUUCCAUGUAGACAGAGGUAGAAGAUGCCUGACAAUACAUACAAAAUUCCGAGAAACAAAGUGAACAACAUAUGUAUCUGUAUCAUGAACGCGCUACAGCAUGUGUACCAAGUACGUACAUUAGAUGAAAUAGAGAAAAUUUCACCUCCACGACCGCAUGAAAUUCAAACACAAAAAAUUUCUACUCUAUUUGAGUAGGCUGUGAACAAGAACUGUUUGGGAAGUCUUGACAAGGCUUUUUCAUUUGGAAAUGCGAUGGCUUGACUAUGGAUCUGCGAAGGUGAGUCCUCUGACAAUGCAAACAAAAUCAAAAAACGACAGUCGUCAGGAGAGUAGAGCAAUUAUUCACAUGUUGAGUGGCGCAUAUAGACCUUCUAGCUUUCAGUUGAAAGUUUGUCUGUUGUCCCGCCAGUGGUGUCGAACAAGCCA